AUGCCUCCGGUUGAAAAAGCAUUUGAUCUUGUUGCAGUAGAUAGUGUAGCUGGUUUCAAUUACUACAAUUCCACUAAAAAGUAUAUGACAUUAAUCAUUGACCAUCAUUCAAGAUAUAUGUGGUUUUUUGCGUCAAAGUCAAUUACUUCUGAAACAUACAUUAACUUUCUUAAGCAAGUCUUCAGCGUACAAGUGCCUAAAAGUACUUUGAGUGAUAAGAAUCCGGCAUUUACGUCUUCCCAUUUUAAGAAGUUUCUAAAGCACAAUAAAAUUAAACAAUUGUUAACUACAGCACACAGACCAGAAUGUAAUGGCAAAGUGGAAAGACUAAACCAAACAAUUGUCACUCGAUUAAAGUGUAAAGUAAAUGAAACUUCUAAAAAAGUUCCUUGGCCUAAAUUGCUGGAGCAGGUGACUCAAGAAUACAACUUGACUCCACACUCAGUAACAAAGUUUCCUCCUUCAUAUUUAAUGUAUGGUAUUGUACCUUUUGAAAAUCCAGUAAAAGAAGACAUAUAUCCUCCGGUCGAACAAGCAAGGAAAUUGGCAGUUGAAAGAACUAAAGAAUACCACGAAAGAAAUAAGAUAUACUACGAUGCAAGAUUUGUGGACAAAACUUUUAAUACAAAUGACACUGUCAUAUAUGCAGAAUUCAAAUGCCCUAAUUCUCGAAAACUGUCUCAACCAUUCAGUGGACCAUAUAAAAUUCUUCAAAAAAUUUCAGAUGUUAAUUAUGAAAUUAACAAACCGAAUGCGCAUACCAAAGAAAAAACACAAACAGUUCAUAUAUCUAAACUGAGGAAAUAUAAUGUACCGAGCAACUUCAAGCUAUCUCACGAGUGA